AUGCGGCCAUCUUGGUGCUCAGAAGGGACAUGGAACCUGCUUGUGAUGGGUCAUUUGGCGAUGCCCAAAGCACACGCGCGAUCUGUGUACGAGGGCUACACGGGCAUCUCCACCGAAGCGUCUCUGCUUAAGCCCGAUGCUCCUCUUUCGACACCGUCACUUCCCAACAAUGUGGCAGCGCCUUCGCUCACUACGAACGCCUCUGAGCGACCCCUGACCGACUGCAAGCCUCAGAAGGAGAAUGCUGCAGCCCCGAAGCAGGAGACAGCCUCUCGCCACGCUCAGUAA